GGCUCCCAGGGAGGCGUGAAAAGAGUCUCCGGUCUCCUGCCCGGUCUCCGUACACUGUUUCUAAUAGUUAUCCGCAGCUUUCGAGUCAGUUUCGUGUGGGCGUAUCGGUUUUCGGUUUCGUUUUUUCUAUUUUGUGUUUUCUUUCUCUUUCUUUAACGCGUCUAACGGGCGACAAAGGAGAAGCGGCGAGGGGGCGGAGUCUCCGGUUGCUUUACCACCCGCCAUCAGUUGGGGGUUUUGAGUUUUCAGCAGGAGACUGUCCAUCUUAUUCUUCUGCACCCAGCCGUCAAGCAGCUGGGGGAGGCGUUUGUUGAGUGUGUUGUCGCCCGCUCGCCGCCAUCUUUGGUGUUCCUACCAACUCUUUAUUGGUUUGUUUGGACGGCACAAGAUGGCGGCUCCCAUGGACUCCCUCAGCUCCGCUGCUCUCGGGCGACUUUAAAGAAAUUAACAACAGCGGGCAAGGGAAGUCCAAGGCCCCCUGCCUAGGCCUCGGUGUGAGGAUUUUGCCUUCCGGUUGGCGGACUCUUGGAACCUUCGGCUGGAGUGUUACGCGCGGGAAUCAGUUUGUUUUCUCUCCGGCCGCCGUCAUAAAAUGGCGGCUCCCAUGGACUUCUCGGCACUUCAGUGAGAGCCGGCGAAUAGAAGGCCCCGGCACCAUUUUUCAUUAUUUUACCUAUUCGUUUUUAUAAGCCGUGAUUUAGUUCAACCGGAGCCGUUACACCGGGAACAUAUUGCUGUUUUUAUUCGCUUCGCCUGACACGUUUACACUUUUUUUUUUUAUUAUUCAUUUUUGAGUACAUCCCGCCCCCCUGCCCAAUCUGACUGGAAUCCCCGGUGACUGGUAACCAUGGCAUCAUCCCCGGCGGUGUCUGGAUCCGCCGCUUUACAGCCGCGUUGGAAGCGGGUAGUGGGCUGGUCGGGCCCGGUCCCUAGGCCUCGGCACGGACACCGGGCAGUGGCCAUCAAGGAGCUGAUUGUGGUCUUUGGAGGAGGGAACGAGGGUAUUGUGGACGAGCUACAUGUAUAUAACACAGCCACCAACCAGUGGUUUAUUCCGGCGGUGAGAGGCGACAUCCCGCCCGGGUGCGCGGCCUACGGAUUCGUCUGCGAUGGAACGCGUUUGCUUGUGUUUGGAGGCAUGGUGGAGUACGGCAAAUACAGCAACGAUUUGUAUGAAUUACAGGCCAGCAGAUGGGAGUGGAAGAGACUGAAAGCCAAAGCACCCAAAAAUGGACCUCCCCCGUGUCCGCGACUCGGCCACAGCUUUUCUCUUGUGGGGAGUAAAUGUUACCUGUUUGGUGGUCUGGCCAAUGAUAGCGAAGAUCCCAAAAACAACAUUCCCAGAUAUCUGAACGACCUUUACAUUUUGGAGCUGCGUCCAGGUUCUGGGGUUGUCGCGUGGGACAUCCCUAUAACAUAUGGCAUAUUACCUCCUCCAAGAGAAUCGCACACCGCUGUUGUAUAUACAGACAAAGACAACAAGAAGUCUCGUUUGGUGAUAUAUGGCGGUAUGAGCGGAUGCAGACUGGGUGACCUCUGGAUUUUGGAUAUCGACACUUUGACCUGGAGUAAACCGAAUUUGAAUGGCGUUGCUCCUCUCCCAAGAAGCCUUCAUUCCGCUACUACCAUAAACAACAAGAUGUAUGUAUUUGGUGGUUGGGUUCCUCUGGUAAUGGAUGAUGUUAAAGUAGCGACUCAUGAGAAGGAGUGGAAAUGCACAAACACAUUGGCUUGUCUCAACUUAGACUCCAUGAUUUGGGAGCAUAUAGUAAUGGACACUUUGGAGGAUAAUAUACCGCGGGCUCGUGCUGGCCACUGUGCUGUUGCCAUCAACACACGUCUUUAUAUAUGGAGCGGGCGCGAUGGCUACCGCAAAGCCUGGAACAACCAGGUCUGUUGCAAGGACCUGUGGUAUCUCGAAACAGAGAAGCCUCCAGCUCCUGCCCGCGUCCAGCUAGUCAGGGCAAACACAAACUCUCUGGAGGUAAGCUGGGGGGCCGUAUCCACAGCAGACAGUUACCUGUUGCAGCUACAGAAGUACGACAUACCAGCCGCUGCGGCAGCAAUGUCACCGGCCAACCCGGUCCCGUCCGUGCCGGUGAAUCCGCCCAAGAGCCCUGCUCCGGCAUCCGCUGCCCCGACCGUGCAACCCGUCACCCACACGGGCAUUACUCUCUUGCCACAAGCUGCCUCUGUGCCUCAAACAACUGCCACCAUCCAGGUCUUGCCUACGAUGCCUGGGAGCCCGAUUGCCGUGUCUGCUGCCCCUCGCACACAGGCAGUGCCAGCUGUCCUUAAGGUCACAGGCCCCCAGUCCGCAGUGAGCUCACCUCUGGUCACUGUGCGGCCGGCUACGCAGAUUGGUAAAUCGCCGAUGACUGUGACUUCUCUUCCCCCUGGUGUUCGGAUGGUUGUACCGGCGCAGAGCGCUCAAGGAGCUACCAUUGGCACUAGCCAGCCGAUGAGCGGAAUGGCUGCGCUUGCUGCCGCUGCUGCAGCCACACAGAAGAUCCCUCCGUCUUCUGCCCCUACCAUGUUAAGUGUCCCCGCGGGAACUACUAUGGUAAAAUCUGUCACUAUGUCUGGAGCCACCACAUUACCCACCUCUGUGAAAGUGGCGUCCUCCCCAGUCAUGGUCAGUAACCCAGCUACACGAAUGCUAAAAACCGCUGCAGCGCAAGUGGGCACGUCCGUGUCGUCUGCUGCGAACACCCAGACGCGUCCCAUCAUCACGGUGCACAAAUCAGGAACAGUGACCGUCGCCCAGCAAGCCCAAGUUGUAACCACGGUGGUCGGUGGUGUCACGAAAACUAUCACUUUGGUUAAGAGUCCGAUCUCUGUACCCGGUGGGAGCGCUCUGCUUUCAAAUAUCGGUAAAAUGAUGUCUGUUGUCCAGACCAAACCUGUCCAGACAUCUGCAAUCACGGGUCAAGCUUCGUCUGGGCCUCUAACACAAAUCAUACAGACUAAGGGUCCUCUCCCGGCUGGGACGAUAUUGAAACUGGUUACAUCAGCAGAUGGCAAACCCACAACCAUCAUCACCACGACGCAAGCUGGUGGAACUGGUACCAAGCCUACCAUUCUGGGUAUCAGUAGUGUCUCUCCGAACACUACCAAGCCUGGGACUACCACAAUAAUCAAAACUAUUCCCAUGUCUGCCAUUAUUACCCAGGCAGGAGCCACAGGAGUAACAAGCACUGCAGGGAUAAAGUCACCCAUUACUAUCUUCACAACAAAAAUGGUGACCUCUGGGACUGGUACGCCUGCCAAAAUAAUUACAGCUAUGCCCAAACUUACAACCAGCCAUGGACAGCAGGGACUCACUCAGGUGGUAUUAAAGGGAGCCCCUGGUCAACCAGGAACCAUCCUAAGAACUGUUCCAAUGGGUGGUGUUAGGCUUGUGACGCCUGUUACAGUAUCUGCAGUCAAACCUACAGUAACCACCCUCGUGGUUAAAGGGACCACAGGAGUCACCACUCUCGGCACGGUCACAGGAACCGUUUCGACAAGUCUGUCUGGUGGCGGCGUUCACAACACAGCUUCUCUAGCAACUCCUAUCAACACCCUGGGCACUAUUGCCACCCUCUCCAGUCAGGUGAUCAACCCCGGAGCCAUCACCAUGUCGGCAGCCCAGACUUCCCUCACUGCAGCAUCUGGACUCACCAGCCCUACAAUUACCAUGCAGCCAAUGUCGCAGCCAACACAAGUGACUUUAAUUACUACCCCCAGCGGUGUGGAAGCUCAGCCAGUUCAUGAUCUGCCGGUCUCCAUUUUGGCUUCACCAACUUCUGACCAGCCCACAACUACAGUGACUAUUGCAGAUUCUGGUCAAGGAGACCAACCGCCUGGUACAGUCACGCUAGUAUGUUCUAACCCUCCAUGUGAGACCCAUGAAACCGGGACCACCAAUACUGCCACAACUACCCUUGUUAAUCUCAGCAGUAUCGUUCAGCAGCCUGGCGGCACGUUGCAGUUUGUUUGUGAAGGUCAAGAGCCAGGAACAUUUGUAGCAAAUGGAAGCGUGGUGAGAGUGUGCUCCAACCCUCCGUGUGAAACUCACGAAACGGGAACUACUCAAACUGCAACAACCGCGAUGUCCAACAUCGGCCAGACAGGGAGCGUGACAAGAGUUUGCUCCAACCCUCCCUGCGAGACUCACGAAACUGGAACCACUCAGACCCCAACUACAGCCAUGGCAAACAUCGGCAGCGGUCAGGCGGGAACCGUGGUAAGAGUUUGUUCAAACCCACCUUGUGAGACGCACGAGACUGGAACCACUCAGACUUCAACCACGUCUGUAGCAAAUAUGGAGAGUGGAGACACAGGGAGAGUGGCGCAAGUAUGUUCAAAUCCUCCUUGUGAGACUCAUGAAACUGGCACAACUCAGACCCCAACAACAGCGAGAUCCAAUUUUGGAAAGGAACAGACUGACUUGCAAAAGCCAGCAACAAAUCCACCAUGCCACACCUUACAGACCACCUCCACCCGUACUAUUAUGACCGUGCACCCUGACUUUAGCAGCGGACAGCCUGAAAAGUCAAAAGAAAGUUCCACUCCGUGUGAAACAAACAGUAAUACACCAGCAAAAGAGCGAGCCAGCCCGGCAACCGGUGAGUCUGAAAGCAAAGCCCAAGGUAAGCCCAAAACACAGAAUGAAAAUAAUGAAACGGGCACCACGCAUACACCCACAAAUGUUAAGUCUAACAUUGGCACAGGAGUGUCGGAAAACGUGCAGAGGACCCCACAUAAUCCACCAUGUGAGACGCAUCAAACGAUAUCCACCAAAACGACCAUGUCUUUGUAUGGAGACUUUGCCUCGUACUCCUCAAACCUUAUCGAGGUGGAGCAGGGUGCCGUAUCCAGGCCGCUACCUGAAAGUUCAGCUUCUGUGCCAGCGGAGCCGGUUUGUACGACUCUGCCAUGUGAAAUGAUCAGAACUGGUGCUACCCCAACGGCCACCGCAGAUAAACCAAACAUCAGCACUCAGUCAUCAGGAGACACGCAGGGGUCUACAGAGGCUUCCCACCAGGCAACCUCUGCUCACAGCACUCAAUCUGGGGACUCGAAUAAAGAACGUUCAGAUGGUGGUGAUGCUGCCAAGACUGUGGAUUUUAACUUGCUUGGAAAUCCAGUAUGUUCUAAUCCUCCUUGUGAAACUCACGAGACUAGUACUACCAACACAGCGACCACAGCCAGGUCCAACACCGGUACUGAACAUAGCGAGACGGCACAGAGGCCAUCAAGCAGCUCGACCCGCGAAACGCAAGAAGCAAGUUCUGUAGGAUCCACAGAGUCCCAGCCAUCUGGCCAAGUGCAGCGAGUGUGCUCCAACCCGCCUUGUGAAACCCAUGAGACUAAUACCACAAACACUUCAACCACCGCUACAUCCAGCAUGGGUGGGAACCAGCCUAAUGCCCCCCCAACCCAACAGGUGUGCUCCAACCCACCAUGUGAGACGCAUGAAACUGGUACAACCCACACAGCCACUACUGUAACAGCCACCAUGGGAGCCAACCAAGACCAGCUGCCUCCUGCCAAUGGACAAGGCGAGCAGGAUGCUGUUCCUGAUCCCGUUGAAGCGCCGGCUCCCGCUGGGAACAUGAGCGAUGCGGCGUCCACCUCCCCGGUAACUAUAGUGGCAGUAGCUGCAUCCCCCUCUUCGUCACCCACCUCCGUGUCACCUACGGCACCCAGGGCCCUGACAACGGUGACCCAAUCCACACCGGUACCUGGACCCUCUGUGCCGAAUAUUUCCUCUCUGGCUGAUCCAACCCCAGAAGCUCCAGGAUCUGAUGCAGUCUCAUGCGCUGAGCAGCAGGAAGCUCCGCUCUCGUCGGACAUUCUCCAUCCUCCUGAGGAGGUGCAGCCGGAGCCUGAACCCCAACCGAUGGACACCGCUGUCCAACAGCAUAGCGAGGCCGAGCUGCAAGCGGCCAUGGAGGCGGAAGCUGGCCAAGAGUCCGCGGUGGCUGCAGAGCAACAAGGGGUAGAGCAGCUCUCGCUUCCACAGGAGCUGAUGGCAGAGGGGCAGACGACCACGCUUAUGGUGACAGGGCUGACGCCUGAAGAGCUAGCAGUUACUGCUGCCGCUGAAGCUGCCGCUCAGGCUGCAGCCACAGAAGAGGCUCAGGCUUUGGCGAUUCAGGCUGUGCUACAAGCAGCCCAACAAGCAGUUAUGGGUUUCCACACAGCAUCUGGGGAUCCCAUGGACACGUCUGACGUAGCUCACGCCGAGCUGCGUCACCUGACAUCCGAGGGACCCACCACCACCAUACCCAUUGUAUUGACCCAGCAGGAGCUGGCAGCCCUGGUACAGCAACAGCAGCAAUUGCAGGAAGCUCAACACCAGCAGCAGUUGCAACAGCAGCAGCAGCAGCUUCAACAACAGCAGUUGCAGCAGCUUCAGCAGCAGCUUCAACAACAGCUUCAGCAACAGCAACUACAGCAGUUGCAGCAACUACACCAUGUGCCUACUGAGGCGCUGGCACCAGCGGACAGCCUUAACGACCCUGCCGGUGAGAGCAAUGGCCUUAAUGAGCUAACGAGCGCCGCCACCUCCACCACAGUGACACUUUUGCCAUCGACUGCUGCAGAGAGUCUGGCCCCAUCCAACACCUUCACAGCCCCCCAACCUGUGGUGAUUGCGAGCCCCGCUAAGCUGCAGGCUGCCGCAGCCCUCACCGAGGUGGCGAACGGCAUUGAAUCGAAACAAGACUCUCCCCCGCAGCAGCCAAAAACGCCAUUAAAGAAGGAGAAUCAGUGGUUUGAUGUCGGAAUAAUAAAAGCCACCAACAUGAUGGUGACGCAUUACUACCUGCCAGCAGAUGACUCGGCUAAUGAUGAUGACAGCGGUGUUCUCCCAGAUUACACUCAGUUAAAGAAACAAGAGCUCCAGCCCGGAACUGCCUAUAAGUUCCGCGUCGCGGGGAUAAAUGCUUGCGGCCGUGGCCCUUUCAGUGAGAUCUCUGCUUUCAAGACCUGUCUGCCUGGCUUCCCGGGUGCACCGUGUGCCAUAAAGAUCAGCAAGAGUCCUGAUGGAGCUCACCUCACAUGGGAGCCGCCGUCCGUCACCUCUGGGAAGAUCAUAGAGUACUCCGUGUACUUGGCUAUUCAAAGCAGUCAGGCUAGCGGCGAGCAGAAAGCGACGACCCCGGCUCAGCUGGCUUUCAUGCGGGUGUACUGCGGCCCCAGCCCCUCCUGUCUGGUGCAGACCUCCAGCCUUUCCAACGCGCACAUAGACUACACCACCAAACCCGCCAUCAUCUUCCGCAUCGCUGCCCGCAACGAGAAGGGCUACGGACCCGCCACGCAAGUCAGGUGGCUGCAAGAAUCCAGUAAGGAUGGGUCAGCUGGGAAGCCUGCAAGUAAACGUCCCGUAUCUUCCCCUGAAAUGAAAACUGCUCCAAAGAAAGCAAAGUCUGAUCAUCCCUGAUUGAGCCGGACGGCACCUGCCCAGCCUAGAUAAAGACCACCGUACAGCUGCCUGCCUGCUUGCUGUUCAUAACAACGCUGUGCCCCAUCAUCAACCCCCUUCUUGCUUCACCUUCCUUUGCUCACUUUGGGGGAUUAGGAAGGGCUGAGCUUUAUUUUUUUUUUUAUUUUUUAAUGAACAUUUUGGGGAAAAGCACACUUUUUUUU